AGGUUUUAUCACAUCACGUAAUAAAUCAGUGUAUGUACAUAUUUAUGAAUAUGAUCAGUUUAUUUAUUCACCGAAAGAAUGUCAAAUAUGCUGUCAUAUAAUUCCAGCUAGAGCGAAACAUUGUUCUCGAUGUGAUCAUUGUGUAUUUCGAUUUGAUCAUCAUUGUGUUUGGACAAAUUGUUGUAUUGGUGGACAAAAUCAUGGCCUAUUUUUGUCAUUUUUAUUCUCUUUAUGCUUAAUGAUUCUUAAUACUUUAUGGUUGAAUUGUCGUAUGCUUUAUUUAUUCUCUAUUCAUGAAAAUUUAUGGCAAGCUCAUUAUUUAGAUGAAUAUGAUCAAAUGCAUCCAAUGGACUGGUUCACAUUGAUACAACAUUUAUUCAUGACAUUUCCACGUGUUCUAGGCAUGACUAGUCUUCUAAUUGUCACUGUCAUCUUACUGAUACAUUAUUUAACAUUUCAUAUAUGGCUUAUUCUUAUCAAUUCUACAUCAUAUGAAUAUUUUCAACGAAAAAAAUUGAUUCGCUAUCGUGGGGAUCGUGAUGAUCAUGACGAUGGUGAUGUGAAGAGUCGGAAGUCAAUCAAUAAGAACAGGAGAAUAUGUCAUGAUACUCCUUCCUCACCUUCGCCUUCUUCAACAUUAUUCGACGCAGACGAAAUGCUGUUAUCGACCAAUACAAAAUCAAUGACUCCUUCUACUAUUAGGCGACAACAACAAUCAAAAUGGAAUCACCAAUUGAAACAUCACAAUUCUUCAAUACGCACAAAUCCGGCUCAUAAUUGUAAUUUUUAUAAUAAAGGUAUAAAAAAUAAUUUAUUAGAAAUAUAUUAUUCAAUGAGUACAUCAAAUUCAUUGAGAGAAUUAAAACAUCGUUUACCUGUACAAAUGGCAUUUAAAACUCGUUGAAUUUGUUUUUUUGUUGUUGUCUGCUUGCCUUGCUGUUAUAGAAUUCCCCUGCUGUAAUUGAGAAGUCAGCAUGAUUGAUAUUAUUGGGCUGAUGAUGAUGAGGGUUUCUACAACACGACAAACGAACACCAACAACUCACUCUACUAUCUUUAUCACAAAUUAAAGCUCAUUCAGUGUACACCACUUGUAUAAGUAGCAUGUGAAUUUCUUUAUGCCUUUAUUUCAUGAUUGUAAUCAUUCACAUAAUAUGGUGGUUGUUUAGAAUUUUUUUUUCUUAGAAUAAAAAUAGUUUAUUCACAA